AAGUUGUGAUGUGGAUUCUGGAUUCUUGGAAGAGUAAUCGCAGCUGUCUGUCAAAUGUUAUGAAUUAAUUUACGUGAACAUAGUAUGCUUUGAUGUGUAAAAAAGUUAUAAGUGAUUUUAUAUAUGUGAGAGAGAUAAUUUUUUUACAAAAUGUUAACCGCAGCGGCAAAUACAAUGUCGAAUAAUGGAGGGUCUUACAGCAAUGAUAGACCCUCCAGCGCUGGAGAACCGGAAUUGGGCACGGAUCCUGCCUCUGGAGGAUUUUUUCACUCUGAUUACAAAAAGCACGACGACUUGAAACAAAUGUUGGACAGCAAUAAAGAUGGGUUAAAACUAGAGGCAAUGAAGCGUAUAAUUGGGAUGGUAGCAAAAGGAAGAGACGCCUCCGACUUAUUUCCAUCAGUAGUAAAGAACGUCGUGUCUAAAAAUAUAGAAGUAAAAAAAUUAGUUUACGUUUAUCUAGUUCGUUAUGCAGAGGAUCAACAGGAUCUUGCUCUAUUAUCAAUAUCCACAUUUCAAAGGGCAUUGAAGGAUCCGAAUCAGCUUAUAAGAGCCAGUGCAUUAAGAGUUCUUUCCAGCAUAAGAGUAGCCAUGAUCGUUCCAAUUGUCAUGCUUUCUAUUAAAGAUUCAGCCAGCGAUAUGUCUCCUUAUGUUCGAAAAACGGCUGCUCACGCGAUUCCAAAAUUGUACUCCUUAGAUCCCGAGCAGAAAGAUGAACUUAUCAGUGUUUUAGAAAAAUUACUAUCAGACAAAACGACACUCGUAGUUGGCUCAGCAGUCAUGGCCUUUGAGGAAGUUUGUCCAGAGCGAAUAGAUCUAAUACACAAGAAUUAUAGGAAAUUGUGCAAUUUGUUAGUGGAUGUCGACGAGUGGGGACAAGUAGUCAUUGUGAAUAUGCUCACGAGGUACUCUAGGACUCAGUUUGUUAAUCCAAAUCAGAAUGAUCUUGAAGAUGCUGAGAAUCGCUCCUUCUAUGAUUCUGAUAGUGAUUCGUCUAGCUUGAAGAAGCCAAAAUUUACUUUAGAUCCAGAUCAUCGUUUGUUAUUGAGAAAUACGAAGCCUCUUUUGCAAAGUCGAAAUGCUUCUGUUGUUAUGUCUGUUGCUCAGUUGUAUCACCAUGCAGCUCCUCGAAGUGAAGUUAUGGUAGCUGCGAAAGCAUUAAUAAGAUUGUUACGCAGUCAUCGCGAAGUACAAAGUAUUGUUCUUCACUGUAUCGCCAGUAUAUCAAUUACUCGAAAGGGAAUGUUUGAACCUUUCUUGAAGUCUUUCUUUGUACGAACUUCAGAUCCAACCCACAUCAAGUUACUCAAAUUGGAUAUUCUGACGAAUUUAGCGACUGAAACAAGUAUUAGUGUCAUAUUGAGGGAAUUUCAAACUUACAUUUCGAGUAGUGACAAGGAAUUUGUCGGGGCCAGCAUUCAAGCAAUUGGUAGAUGUGCAAGUAACAUUAAAGAAGUGACCGAUACUUGUCUCAAUGGAUUGGUGUCAUUGCUUAGUAACAGAGACGAGGCCGUUGUAGCUGAGAGUGUUGUUGUCAUAAAGAAACUCUUGCAGACACAACCGAACGAACACAAGGAAAUAAUUGCUCACAUGGCAAAAUUAAUGGACUUUAUCACAGUUCCACAAGCCAGGGCAUCAAUUUUAUGGCUGUUGGGUGAAUAUUCGGAUCGAGUGCCAAAGAUUGCUCCAGAUGUGCUCAGAAAGAUGGCAAAAACCUUUAUUAAUGAACAGGAUAUAGUAAAGUUGCAAACCCUCAAUCUUGCCGUGAAGCUCUUUUUGAAUAAUCCGAGUCAGACUAAAUUGUUUUGCCAAUACGUUUUCCAAUUGGCGAAAUACGACCAGAAUUAUGAUAUCAGAGACAGAGCACGUUUCCUUAGGUUUUUCAUUUUUGAAGAGGAAGGAAACUCUGAGAGGAAACUGCAACAAUUCGCGAAGAAAAUAUUCCUCUCCCCGAAGCCGGCGCCAACUUUGACAUCUAGAUUCAAGGAAUCACAAUUCCAGCUUGGAACUUUGUCACAUUAUUUAGAUAUGCCAUGUGCGGGAUAUCGUCCUCUUCCAUCGUUUCCUGAAGCGGCGCCCGAUCCGGCGGUUCGUGAUGUUGCAGAACCAAUUAUUCCGCAAACAUUUACAACCCUUUAUCGUGGAAAGAAGGAGAAGAAGGAUAAAAAGCCAAAGGACGACUUUUACGGGGAUGAAAGUAGUCCUGAGGAAGACUCGGACGAGGAACAAAGUUCGGGCACCUCGUCCAGUGGAUCUUCGGAUGAAGAGAGUGACUCUGAAGAGUAUUCAUCUGAUUCAGAAAAGUUUGAAAACGCGACGGCCAAAAAGAGAACUAAGAAGAAGUCAGAAGAGUCGACCAGCGAAAGCGAUAGUGAGGAUUUAGAAUCCUCCGAAGAAUCGGAAUCCGAAGAGAGUGAAGCUGAGGUAAAGAGGGUAGAAAAGGAAAAGCCAUCGAAAGUGGAAACUAAGGAGAAACCGAAAAGUAAUCUUGAUUUGCUUUUGGACUUGGACGAUGUGAUACCAAUAACACCAAUAAUGACACCAAGUCUGGGAGGCUUCCUAUCCCCGAUAAAUCCAAUUACCUCAAACGAAAUUAGAGAAGUAUCAGCUUCGUACAUUCCACUGAAAAAGUUUGAGUUGUUGAAUAAAAUUAAUGGCCAUGGCUUGAAAGUUGAGUAUAGAUUUACUCGAUCACAGCAUUUAGUUAGUUCCGUCAUGGUGAGCAUCGAGUUGUCUUUUACAAAUGAUAGCAAGGAGACUAUUAAUGAUAUACGAGUUGGAAAUAAGAAUUUGUCAUCAGGAAUGCUCGUUCAUGAUUUUACUUCUAUUCCUACUAUUCAACCAAACUCUACUUCGUUGGCAACGUUAGGUGUGAAUUUUAAUGACUCCACACAACCUGCUUCUUUUAAUAUUGACUUCACAAGAAACGAGGAGCCAGUUUCAUGUUCUGUCAGUAUAAAAGCACCAAUUGGGGAAAUAUUGAGAUCCGUCUUAUUACCUGAAACUGCUUUCAUUUUCGAGAAGGACAAAUUGAAGGGAAUGAAUGAACAUUCGACGAAAGUCAAUUUUUCAGGAAAUAGGAAAAUUCUCUCUCAGAAAAUCUUUGAAGCUGCGAAUCUGGCUGUUAUAUCCAGCGAAGAUGAUAUUAUCAGAUUUGCAGCCCAUACUUUAGCAUCCAAGUCGCUAGUUUUGGUGACAAUAAAAGUGUUAGAUGACGAGCACUUGGAGGUAUGCGUGAAUUGUGAAAAAAUGGUUAUUGGUUCUAUGUUGUUGAAUGAGUUGAAGAAUAAUCUGAGAUAAACUAUUAGAAUGUGACUGUAAAAUUAUUAUUGAUCAAAGUGAUAGAGUAUAUUUAUUAUACCUGGAAAACAUUCUUGUACUGAUUUCCACUACUGCGAGAUUGCAUAGGUUUUUGUAGGUUCUUUAUACCCUUUAUGUUAAUAAAUAAAUCCUUGUUUUAAUUUU